AAAGCCCGGCGUCGAAAGAGUCGGGCUACCGCCUCCACCACCACCUAUAUUCAGAAUACCAAAUCACUGGCGGUUUGUUCUAUCGUCACCGCCUCCUCCGCCGCCAGUAUAUGCUUAGUACUUGGCUGUGAUCGACUACUUGUAUGAAUAUAUUCUGUUAUUGUAUACUGUUUGCCUUGAUUCUAAGUUGAGAAUGCAAUAUUAGUCUCUGAACUAAUAUGAUUGUUCGUUACGGUUUUAAAGAUUUAAUUCAUGUGAUUAACCAUUCGUUAUUAUAAUAGGUUUUAAUCAUCAAUUCGAUCGUGUUGUGAACAUCGACAAGACUUUUUCGUAUUACUAUAUAUAGAGUAACUUGUAAUUCUGAGUUCUACUGGAUUAAGGUCUUAGGUAACAUCAAUGUAAUACAAAAAUUUUCGGAUAAAUUGAAGUAAUACUUCACAGCUUUGUGAAUGACAAAAUCGAAGAGGCUCGUGUGUGUGUAUAUAUAUAUAUAAAUAUAUGUAUACGACUCCGUUGAUUGUGCUUUCUUCAAAGGCUAAAUCAUGUCUCGUACGAAAUAUUUCCCUCGUCUAUUUCUCCUUCAACUAUUCUUGAUAAUUAAAACCUCUGUUUCGCACAAAAACGCGUACACUUUUCCUUGCUCCGACACGGUUUACUCAUGCAAUGCUCUUCUUUACCAGCACAACGGUUUUCAGAAAGAUCAAAUCGCCUCGUUGUACAAUGUAAACGCCUCACAAAUCGAGCCCAUAAGCGAACGAGACUACCUAGUACCGGUGAACUGUUCGUGCAAGAACAUUGACGGUGGUGUGUCUGGAUACUUCUACGAUGUAGUUUACAAGCCUAGAUCAAACGAUACUUUUUACGACGUGUCGAAGAAUAAUUUCAGCGGCCAAGUUUGGGAGGGAGUGAAGGACACGAAUUUUACGGUCGGAGUCGAUAUAACUCUGCAUCUCUUGUGCGGCUGUGUCGAUGAUAAUAUUAAUAAUAACAACAAUAAUAAUAAUAGUAGUAACGUGGUGACGUAUACAGUUCAGGCCCACGAUACUAUCUCCUCGAUUGCAGCUCUACUUUCUUCGGAAGUCGAUAGAAUCGAGGAUUUGAACACGUAUUUGGCUCCAAAUCCAUCUUAUUUAGAACAAGGGUGGCUCCUUUAUGUACCCAUGGAUAUAUAAAAAUGGUUGACCAUAUUAAAAUUGUACGAUUUUCGAUGUAGUUUCAAGAAAAGAAAAAAAAACAAGACGAUGUAAUAAGAUCUUUCGUGUUUCUUUCAACAACAAUUGAACAGACAGAAUCAUAGCCAACCAGAUGCAAAUUCAAGAACUACUGUAAUAUAUAGUGCUAGUUCUGUUUCUGAUAGUUUAAUGGUCCUUAGCAUCAUCAUGUAAUAAAAAAAUUAUUCGGACAAGUCGAUUUCGUUUCGUAAUAAUCUUGUCUCGUCUAUACAACUUCACAUAGUGACAUAUAACACACAUAUAAAUAAUAAUAACCCCUCAGCCAGACCAG